UAGUUUGAAAAUGGCCGUCUUCGCUAGCAUGUGUUUCGGAAUUUUCAUCGCGUCGCAAUAAUUUCAUCUCACUAGUGGUUCAUAUUUUUUUCUGUUUCAUUUCGUUCGAGUGUGUAGUAGAAUUCGCUUUCUUGCUUCACAUCCAACGAUAUUUGUUUAGUGUUUCUCACUCUCUAUAGUACAUCUGUCUAUAGAAUUUUUUUUUUUUUUUCAUUCGUAUUAUUCUCUGCGUGGAAGAAUUCCAUUGAAUUCAAGAGUACUGAGAGUUAUUUUUCGUACCGGGCAAAAUAAAAUUGAGUUGAUUGAGUGUUUCUACCGUUCCAUUCAACAAUAACAACGGAAUAAAACGUAUCAGCACCAGAGUGUGCGAAUAUAAAAAAUUUGGUUUUCAGUUUCACAUUUGCUAUCAUAUUCAUCAAGAGCAAAAGCGUCUCGCAAGAAAAUAUAAUUAAAUAGUUCAACAAGGUAAAUUCCUGCUGCUUCAAUUUUGCAAUUAUCAACGAUUGUAAAAUACAAACGCAUGUAAAACCCGUUACCGUCUGCUGAACGACCAGAAUUUCAAACUGAAACACCAUGCAUUUAUAACAUAUUUGGAUUAAUAUCGUCGAUAACUUUUAAAAUGCACCGAGUUCAAACCGAUCGAUUUACAUGGAGUAAACAAAAAUAAUGGAAUAAAUGUUUAAGAACAUUGCGGAAUUCAAUUAAAACCAACAAGAUCGACUAACAAGUGUUCAGUGGCAGAAAAAUAAACAACAAAUAUAUAAUAAUAAGAGCAAAUAUCUGGGAAAAAAGGGUAUUUUCGGAUUUAUGUGAUAGACUCAACAAAGAAAAGAAAAACAUAAAUAUAGAACCGAACGGACGUACCUUUUUAAAAAAAAAUCGUAUUGAUAUCAAUUGACUCAAAAACGAAACGAAGAAAUUCAAAGUGUUCAAUAUCAUUUGCAUUGUAAAUAAUUCAUAGGAAAAUCCCCAUUGUGAUUGUGGUGAAAAUAUUGAUAGCCACAGAAUAACAGCAAUUGAAAUAAAGAAAAGAAGAAGAAAAAAAAGCCGCCGCAACCGAAACGACAAAGGAAGUGAUAAAAACCCGAUUUCAUUAUAAAACAUGGAAAGUUCGCGUACAUCGAGUAAUGCGAGUGCAACAAAUACGGUGGCCGAUAAGCCUGAUGAGCUGGUAUCGUCAGGCGAUGUUCGUCAAUUGAAUUCGAGUCAAGGUCAGCAUGGCGAACCAGUCACCACGGCACAGGGUCACGUACAGUUGCAACAGCUAAACCAGCAGCAGCAACAACAAAAGAAAUGUCUUCAUCAUCGCAUUUUUGAUGCGAAUACCGGAAAUAUUGUGAAUGAACGUGUUGCCGCACUUACAAAUGCAUUGCUGCAGCAAGUAAAUCAACAAAAUUUGUCGCAAGCAACACAGCAAUUGAUUCAACGACCGUAUCCAAUGCAACAACAAUCGAUUCCACAACAGCAAUCGCACAUGAUUCGUUCGCACCAGCAACAACAAAUGCAAGCGUAUCAACAACCACAACAACAGUAUCCAAUGCAACAAAUGCCCCAAUCGAUUGCCAUCAACAAUUCCAUGAUGCAAUCGAGCGGUGGCUUUACAGUCGGCGUCAGCAACAAUUCAAUGGCAAACGCCUCAACAUCCAGCACAAAUGGAUCGUUGAUCCACAAUCAAAACGGACUUGUGCAACAAAUGAAUGCCGCUCUGUUGGCCGAACGAUAUCUGCUGUUGGAUUUGGUCGAGGGUAGUACACUGUACAAGUGUAUUGAUGUGAAAACACACGAAGAACUUGUUUGCAAGGUUGCCAAUAAUCCGUGCACAAAUCUAUUGUCAGCUCAUUUUCGAUUAGAUGGACACCCGCACGUAAAUCCAUUGCACAAAGUGAUUCAAGGUUCAAGCCAAACAUAUUUAUUCUUCACUCCGUCACAGGGUGAUCUCCAUUCAUAUGUACGUGUGCGUAAGCGUUUACGAGAGCCAGAGGCGAAACGUCUGUUUCGUCAGAUGUGUGAAGUUGUGAAAAGUUGCCAUGAGCAAGGCAUCGUGUUACGUGAUCUCAAACUCAGGAAAUUUGUCUUUGCCGACGCUGAAAGAACGCACCUUCGAUUGGAAUCACUUGAAGAUGCAGUUGUAUUGGACAAUCCAAAUGAAGAUUUGCUACAAGAUAAACGAGGCUGUCCCGCAUAUGUUUCACCGGAAAUUCUCAAAGCAAAUACCAUGUAUUCGGGCAAGGCGGCUGAUAUGUGGUCACUUGGCGUUAUUUUGUAUACGAUGGUCGUAGGACGAUAUCCAUUCAAUGAUUCGGAGCAUGCUUCGUUGUUUGCGAAAAUAUCGCGCGGUCAAUUCCUAGUCCCCGAUUGUUUGACAUCAAAAGCCCGAUGUAUGAUCCGUUCGUUGCUGCGCAAAGAGCCCGAAGAGCGAAUUUUAUCGGAGGAUAUAUUGUUACAUCCGUGGAUGAAUACCGAUGAUAAUCGUGAUUUCAGUAAAUCGUCAAGCGAUCAACUAGUGCCGGACAUCUGUGUUGACAAAGACGAUGUCUAGAGAGAUUUUUGUUUAGCUCAAGCCCUACUCAAACAACAACAACAACAAAAACAAGCUAGCUUUGAUAUGUAUCGCCGUUUAUUGCAGCCAAUCAAUACCUAUGUAUACUAUAUCACCACACUCGCGAAAGAAAAAAAACAAAACGAAAAUCCGUUACCAUCGAAUCCAAUUGUCCUUAUAUCUUGGCUUUUUUCUUUAUCCAAACUGAUGUAUUUAUUUGCUUUGUUCCUAAUCAGAACGCCUCUUUAACUUUUUUUUGGGUCAAGCUAAAAGUGAUUUGAGAACACAAACAAACAGAAAAUUGAAUUGUGAUCUCAAAAAAAAAAAACAAAAAACAAAUAUCGGAAUCUUUAUUUAAAUUAUACGAUAUUGAUAUUCUUCGUAAUAUUUUCCUUUUUUUCGAAAUAGCUAUCAAAAAAUUCCAUACGAAAUGGAACUUGUAUUAAGCUGUUUAGUUUUCAAUGAAUUGCACAUAACAUUUAUUUGAAGAAGAUGAAGAAAAAAAACACAAAAUGAUUUGUAUAUUUUUGCAAAAUAUUUGAAAAAUUAUCAUCAAAGUUAGACUGAACAGGUUUCAUAUAUUGCAUAUUAUGAAUUGAAUUAGAAACACAGAUGGAAGGCAAGAAUUGUCACACAUUUGCUAUUGUAUUUAAUUGAUAUUUUGUUCAAACAAAAAGUACAAUCGAUAGACAUACAGUCGCAAAUUGUAAGAGCAGACGAUUCAUUUCGCUGUACGCUGAAUAUAUUGACCAAUUUCCUUUUAUAUAUAUGGAAUUAACUUCAAAGUGUUUUCUAUGUUUAUACCGAUUCAAUACACAAAAUAUAUACAUGUAAAAAAAAUAACACAAAUGGUCAAAUCACACAGAAUUUAUUGUCGUAUGUGUUGGCUAAAUAGGCCACCGCGUGAUUAUUCGAUAUUUUGAUCAGAAAAAAAUAAAGAUUAUCCUUUAACUGUACUUGAAAAUGUUUAAUCAAACAGUUUGCACACUGGAUUCAUAUUUUUAUGUAAAAAGAUUUUAUUUUUUUUUCCUAAUAGAUUAUUUUUAUUUCUACAAUUGAUAAUAAUGCUUUUUAUAUAUAUUUUUUUUCGAUUUGUCUCCCCCCCUUCGUAAACAAAACACAUAUGACUUAAGACCACAAAAAAUCAAAUUGCAUACAACAAAUUAGAGAAAAUUACAAAAACUCUUCAGAAAACCAAUUUCUUUUUGCUUAAUUUUGACGCUAAUACGAUUAAUGUAGUGGUAAUUUAUAUAAAUGGAAUUUAAAUAUUCAUUUUUUAUUACAUGUGUAAUUUUUUCUUGUAUGUAAUGAAAGAGUAAAUUAUUGUGACAAAAUAUGACAAAAAUCAAAAAGAAAAUUACACGACACAAGUCGGACAAAAUGAAUAAAAAAAAAAUACAAUAUGUUUACAGAAA